AUGGCCCUUAUACCUCAACGCGCGCUGGUGCCAUUUUACUUGGCCCUCAAUGCAUUUAGCAGCAUCACCAUCGUAUUUAUUAACAAGUGGAUAUUUGAGGACCACGACUUCAGAGCGAGCACGACGCUGACACUGAUACAUUUUACAAUGACGUUUCUUGGACUACUCUUGUGCCUGGGAUGUGGCAUGUUUGAAUUCAAGCGGCUCAGUCUGAUGCGUGUGCUGCCUCUAAGCUUCAGUUUCUGCGGGUUUGUCAUGCUGACCAAUAUGUCGUUGCUACACAACAAUGUUGGGUUCUACCAGCUCGUGAAGGUUCUCACCACACCACUGCUCGUGAUAAUGGAAACAUUCAUAUAUCGGCAGUCAUUCUCGGCGAAAAUUAAGUUGUCACUGGGCGUUAUUUGCCUUGGUGUGGCGAUUGCGACGGUGACGGACAGCGAAGUGACUCUUGGCGGUGCCAUCAUCGCCUUCUCUGCGCUACUGGUGACCUGCCAGUACCAGAUAUGGGUUGGCACGAAACAGAAGGAGCUCGAGUGCGACUCGUAUCAGCUGCUGCUCUACCAGGCACCGCUCUCGGCGGUGAUGCUGCUGCCCAUUGCGUAUUUGAGUGAGGGCCCGACGUUGAUCUUCCCAUGCACGGACACCCUGAUGGCCAUAUUCUUCAGUGGCGUAGUCGCGUUUCUCGUGAACAUCUCCAUCUUCCUCGUAAUCGGCAAGACGUCGCCGGUGACGUACAAUGUGCUUGGGCACUUUAAACUGUGCAUCAUUCUUACCUUCGGGUAUAUUUUCUUUGGGGGCGACAUGAACAACAAGAAGCUCGCCGGUGUCGUUCUCACUCUUGCUGGCGUCUUCUGGUACACGCACCUCAAAACUGCGACACGCAUGGCGGCGGAGGAGCUCAGUGUGAGCAAGGAGAUGGUGAAGGACGACACAGACAAGUCGCGCGUGUAG